UUCGAGUGUGUCCAUUACGAGCAAUUUGACUGCCGCGAGUGCCGAUAAAUGCGUGCAAAAAUCUUUGAGCGAGGAUUGCAGACAUUGAAUGGCCGGCGCUGAAAUUAAUAAUAUUCAUGAUCCACAUUCAAUUCGAUUAUCCAACAUGCCGCCGCCCUCCUCCUAAAAUAUACACACAAUUCGAGAGAUGUAAAAGAAUUUCACUAUCACUUUGCCCAGUGGCCGCGGGUGUGAUUCUGGUUUUUCUUGAGACGCGAUGUGAAAAAAGAGGAGUGAAGAAAACGCGAUCCAGUUAUUAUUUCACUCACUCUUUCACUCCUUGUCGCACCUUCUGGCGCAUUUCUCGCCUUCGGUAAGACUUUCCUUCCAUGUAAAAUUUGUAUACGAUAAUCAUGAUUAUGUAUUACGUGACUGAGCUGCUGGUCUCUCUAUGAGAUUAUUGCUCCAAAUGACCUUGUUAUGAGUUUCUGCAGCUAUGCUUUUGGCACAUUAGCAUUCAUUUUGUGAAGAGAUAUGAGAGACACAAUUUUAUGCAUUUUGCCAACUGUUAGAGAUAUUCAAAGGAAAAUCAUGAGUGGCUGCUCCACUCCAUUAUGAUGUCAUAUUGUUUAAAGUGUCAAAACAUGUGUCUCAAAAUAUGCCUUUUUAUUUGUGCACUGUGGGCAAUUUGCAUAGGAAUUUGUGCGAUGUGAGAGAGAUGUGGAAAAUAUAUUUAUGUCCCCUCGAGGCCUAGGGGUGAUUUUUUCCCACAUCGCACAGCCGCUUUCCUGGGCGGUGUGAUUCCUUGGGUUGAAUGAGAAAAAGAGCCGAUGCAAAACUGGAAUUCGGCUUGAAGAAAAUGAUACAUAUUCUUUAUUUAUAAAAUUGUAUAAAAAGGCGUUGUGCAAAGAGAGCAGUAUGAAAUUGCAUGUAUUAAUAUGUUGAUAUGUGACAGGUGAAAAUGUGUAUAUGAUAUUUGUGUGGGACGGGGAGGGAAAAUCCCCCGUAUGAGGUGUAUCAAUGUGCGCAAAAGAGAAGGGAGUGUGAGUUGUCUGAAGUAGUUGCCGAAAAUAGUGGUGAAGCUAAAUGGAGAGAUCCAAUUUCGCAUGGUAUAAAAGAGCCAGAUGGAUCAAGCAGAGAGCAUAGUCAAGCAACAGCCUUCCAAGCAAGCAAAUCUUCGAGCUUACCAAGUUCUCCCGAAACUUGAAAACACACAACAAUGGCAUUCAAAUUCAUCGUGGCUCUCGCCUUUGUGGCCGUCGUGAGUGCUGUGGAGUACCACCAUGGUGACUACCAUCAUCAUCAGCCCGUGUACCAUCACCAGCCCGCUGUGGUGAAGCACCUGCAGCCCGCUGUCCUCAAGCACGUGGAAUACGAAGCUCCUGCCAAGUAUGAGUUCUCCUACUCUGUGCAUGAUGAGCACACCGGUGACGUGAAGCAGCAGCACGAGACCCGCGACGGCGAUGUUGUGCACGGUUCCUACAGCCUCCUGGAUGCCGAUGGCCACCACCGUGUCGUCGAGUACACCGCUGACCACCACAACGGCUUCAACGCCGUCGUGCACCGUGAGCCCACUGGCCACAAGGUCGUCGCCCCUGUGCACAAGGUCCUGGCUGCCCCAGUCCACAAGGUGGUUGCUGCGCCCGUGCACCAUCACUACCAGCACGCCGCCCCCGUGGUGCACCACCACCAGCAGCACUACGCCGCUCCCGUCCACCACCAGCAGCACUACGCUGCCGUGCCCGUGGCCAAGCUGCUCGCCCCCGUCCACCACCACGCCCCCGCCUACCACCACCAGCCCCAUCACUACGACAGCCACGUGAGCGUGCACGCCGCUGGAGUCCACUACCAUCACUAAGCCAUCACCGAACUGCCAUGUUGUACAUAUAGGGAAAACGCGCUCGUGUAAAUAGUUCAUUUAUUC